AUGUCUUCUACGGUGUUCUACAAGUUUCUUCAUCAGAAGAACCAAUCGAUUGUGCAUUUUGAUGGUACGGGAAUUAGUGUGUUUGACUUGAAACAUGAGAUUAUAGAACAACAGCAAUUGGGUACAGGGUUAGAUUUCAAUCUAAGGUUAUAUCAUCUGGAACAACCCGAUUCUGAGUACGAUAAUGAUCAAGAGGUUAUCCCCCGGUCGUCCUUUGUGUUAGCUCGAAGAUCGCCGGCAUAUUCCAAGUUAAGAGGACAGAAUGCUUCACGGUAUGUUAGUGGGAAGCCUCGGGUUAAUAGAAAGGCAUUGGAGAAACAAGCUAUUAAUUCUGCCAUUGCAAACACAGGAAAUAAACCCAAUAUAGAUGAAAGUGUUCUGGAAGAGGAUCGGAUUAAAAUGAUGUUUGAAAAUCAAAGCAAUGCAUGGGCUCAAACACAAGAUGAGUUAUCUACACAUAAAAUGGUCUACAACCGACCUGGAGGUGGUAAUGCCACAGAAGAUGCGCCACCACCAGGUUACAUAUGUUAUAGAUGUGGUGGUAAGGAUCAUUGGAUCAAGAACUGUCCCACAAAUACCGAUCCACUGUUUGAAGGCAUAAAGAUCAAGAGAACAACAGGUAUCCCGAAAACAUAUUUGAAAACAGUGGCAAAGGGUACUAUAGAUGAACUUAUGAACAGCACAAAUGAAGAUGGUAUAACAAAGAAUGAAGAUGGAGAAUUGGUGGAUAAACAAGGUAAUACAUAUAUGAUUACAGAUGAAGGUGAAUAUGUGGUAGCAGUUGCAGAUUCUAAGACUUGGUUGAACUAUCAACAAAAACAUGAGAAUGCAGUUAUGAAAUUAAAGAGAGAAUACGAAGAGAAGGUUGUUAAUAAGAUAAUUCAAGAUAAUAGAAAAGAAUUUUUGGAUCCAUUAGCAGAAGGUCAGAAAAAAAAAUUGCUUGUGGCUCCAAUAGUGAUGACUGCUUGUUGUAAAGAUGAAUCAUCAUUAGUAAAGAUGGAAAACUUCAAUUAUCAUCAACCGGAUUUGGAACAAGUUCUAAUUGAUAAUGAUUUCCAUUGUCCAAAUUGUGGUAAAGAUGAAGUACUUUUAGAUUCUUUAAUUCGUAAUGAAGAAUUGGAAACUAAGCUAGAGGAAUAUUUGAAAUCAAUUGAAGAUCAAAUUGGCAUGAAAAACCCUUCAAAACGUUCAGCUUCAACUGCUUUAGGUGAAGAUGGUUUAGAGAAUGAUCCAAAACGUCAUCAAAUCAAUCCUUCAAUGCCAAUGUUCCCCCCUUCAGGAAUGGGAUUCCCUCCUGUGAUGCCAGGAAUGCCAAUAUUCCCUCCUGGAUUUAUGCCCCCUCCAAUAAUGCCUCAACCGAAUACAAAACCACCCAAGUCUAUGAAGUAA